UUGAACAAUAAAGAUUUGUCCUUCAAUUUAUUCACCAUUGAUUGACUGUUUUUUAUGUUAUAUUACUGGUGAUAAUUUUUACAAAGAACCAACAUCCUUGACCGGAUCGAAAAAAUCAUUACUGUAUUUUUGAUGGGCUCUUGUUAUUCGAAUUUAACCAAUGCUAAUCCUAUACUUUAUCAUCAAAAUCUACAGCUAGAAAAUUUACCAUCAGAUUGUAAUAAUAAUUCAAUUUUUAUUAUUGAUUCUUCAAUUCAAAGAAAUCAAAAUUUAUCUGAAUUAAAUUCUAUUUCUAACAUUUCUAAAAACACGGCUAAUUUGCCUAAUUCAGUUUUGCAUUCUGAAACUGAAAAAAAUAAAUCUAAAUCCACACAAUCAGCUAGUAAUUCCAACAACAAGAUUGAUCAUCAUCAUAAAACAAAACAAUCGAAUCAAUCAACAUUUGUUGUACCGAUUCUUCGACAUAAAAAAAACAUUCAGCAAUCAUCAUGUGAUCAACGUCGGGUAGCCAUUUCUCCAAUUCACCAAAAGUGCCUUAAAAAUACUCACCAAAAUCAUAAGAGUUCUUCAUCACGUUCAUCAUCAUUAUCAUCGGCAACAUUGACGCCAAAACGAUCAAAAUCUCCAUUACAAGAGAAACCGAAAACCGCUCCUGGAUAUCAAAAAAAAUUGUUUCGAAGAAUACGUGAUACAAUAUUGUUGAGAAAAAAUUCCAAACAAUCUUCAAACUCACAUCAAAUUAGUAAAUCAUCUCAUUUACAACAAAAUCUAAAGUUUAACAAUGAUGAUGAUGAUGAUCAGUUCAUUGAAAUCGACACUACUACUACUUAUAAUGAUGACCAACGAUCAAAUUUUGAUUCAGAGAGGCAAACAACCUUGAUACAAACUUAUCAAGUUUCAUUUGUGCCAGAGGUUUCUGAAUUAUUAGAAGUAGUUUUGUCAUCAUCAUCAUCUGAUGAUGAUGAUGCUGAAAAAAUUGAUGAUUAUUCAUUGAAUAAAAAAAAGAAAUCAAAAAAUUUUCUAAAACGUUUUUAUCUAACCAAAUCUGGUCGGUGGAAAAAAUCGAAAACACGUGACAACAAAGUGAAUGAGAAAAAAAGAAAAAUUAAUACUAGUGAUGAACAUGAUGGAACAAUGUCUCGAAUGAAACCACCAUCAACAUAUGUACAUCAUUCUUCAUCAAAUAAUCCAUCAUCUAAUUUUCACCAAAAUUUCAAUCAUCAACAACAGUUUAACAACCAUAAUAAUGAUGUUUCCGAUGGCGGUAACAUUGCAUCAUCAUCAUCAUCAUCAUCAUCGACUAAACCAUCAUCAUUUUUCAGUCAUGGUAACAAAAUUAUCAGUUCCGGUCUUGUAUCGAAAAAGACUGAACAAUUUCAGCAACAUAAAUUGUUAGAAAAUAAUAAUAGUUAUGGUGCAAAUGAUGUUGAUAGAACUGUGGAAACUACUACUAUCAAUAAAUUGAUGAAUAAUGAUGGAUUGAAAAUCAAUCUAACAGGAAAAAAUAUUGUUGCUGAUUGUUCACAACAAUUCAAAACAAGUAAAUUAUUACCGCCAACACAAAUCACAUCAUCAAAUGUUGCUUCAUCAUUAUUUCGUGGUUUACGUUCUCGAAUACCGUCAACGACAUCCAAAUCAACCGGUAAUGUAAAUAGUCAACUUCCGCCAAAUCAACAGCAUAAUUCUACUAAUGUUUCGACAAAAAUCAGUACAUUAUCAAAUAACAAGGAUAAAAAUAUAGCAAAUGGUAAAUCAAAAUCUUCUAAGAAUUCGCUCAUAAAACCUAUAUCGGCACCUACGUUAGCUUCUAAUGAAAUCGUUUCGAGUUCUUCAUCUCGUUCAUCGUCAUCAUCAUCAUUGAAUCGUGGCGAAAAUUUUUCAAAGAAAUCAAAAUUACCGAAUUCUCAGAAACCGAUUGUGAACAAUAUAUGUGAACCUCAAAUAAAUCAGGUUCGUAAAUCUUCUUCAUCAUCGAAUUUAUUGGCAUCAACUGAUUUUUCUGUAUAUCAGACUGGUCCAGCCUUACCUCCAAAGCCUUUAUCAGCACAACAAAAGCCAUCGACCAUAAUCGAUAAGACUUCAAAAAUCAACAAAUCGCAUACUGCACAGGCUAAAACAUUAUUGUUAUCACCGAUUCGGACACAACAAGCACAGAUUGUUUCGGUUUCUACCAAUUCUGUUGUACAAAGCAAAAUACCAGAAACGAUAACUUCAAGAGAACAAAAUUCGUUAAAUAACUAUCAGCCACCCGAUGUGAACUGUAUUGGUAUACCCACAAAACCGAUUCAAUCGAUUGCAAAUCAUAAUAUAAAUAAUAAUAGUAAUAGACAACAGAGAAUUAACUUUCUUUAUGGGAAUAUUGUACAACAGCCGGCGAAUAGAUCAAAUAUGUCUCAACAAUCUCUACCUCUUUUUACAUUGACAAAUAAUCAACAAUCUUCAUCCAUACCGCAUCAACAGCAAUCAUGUAUACGUAGGCCAUUAUAUUCGACACAACCAUGUAUGACAAACAUCAAUACAGUCAAAACCAGUCAUAAUGUUGCUAAUCCGGUGCAAUGUCAUGGUGUUGGCCGAAUCAAAUCAAAUUUCAAUGCUCAUAUUCCCAAACAAUCGGAAAUGGUUGGAUCUUCUGCUAUAUCCACAACACAUCACUAUUUUAAUCCAUAUAGCCGUCAUCCACCAUCACAUUCGAAUUCGAAUGUUCGCAAUAAUAAAUUUCAGCCAUCCACAUCAAUCAAUAAUGUUCCUUCAAACAAUUUAUAUCGAGCCGUACCAACAACCAUUACAUCAUCAAAUAUUCCACAAGGUUCUAGCCGAACUGCUGUCGUUAAUGAUAAUAAUCAUAAGAAUUCAUCGUCCAAAAAUUUUGGCGCUUCCAAGGAAAAUUUUCGCAGAGAAUUUCCAUUAAAUCAUCCAAAUUUACAACCUCCGACCACGAAUACAAUUAGCAUGACAACAUUGGAAGAUUUUUAUGUUUCCAAAAAUAAUCAUAUUGCUCGGGAUGUUCCCAUAACGAAAAAACGUCAAGUAGAAGAUAAUAGCCAUGAAAAGCAGAUCAUACUACCUGCCGAUGGGCUUGAUGUUUCCGAACAUGGAACAUUCUCAUGUUGUUCUUCAUCUGUUUCGAUGGCUGAUGACGAUUUUGAUGAUGACCUCGAUGGCUUAAGUUCAGGAUCCUAUUCUUUUCGCACUGAAGAUCUUUUGCAUCGCAAUAAUAAUGGAAAUAAACUUGGUGUGUCCACCUCUUCUGCUCAAUUGAUGUCAUCUAUUAUAUCAAAUAAUGAUUUCGUUAAAUCGACAUUGUCAAAUAUCACACAACCAUUAUCUGCAUCGAUAUGUUCCACAGCCAGUACGACAUCUAGUUUUGUAUACGAUUGUCAACAAUCGAAUGGCCAUCAUCGAGCUCACCGGAACGACAAUCAUUAUCGAGCACGCAAUGGAUCAACUUCUACAUCAUCAUGUUCAAAUCGUGAUUUAUUUUUAAUUGAUGAUGAAAUUGCCGAUCAACCCGCAUUGCUCAUUGGUGAUGCUGCUGAAAUUGCUAAACAACGAAUGAAUCUAGUUCUAACUUCGAAUGAUUCAGUCGAAAAAGAUUGGGUCAUGUCUCCGACAAAAACAUUAACACCAUCAUCUAAUUCGACAAAUGCUAAUUCUGGUUCCUCAGUUGAACUUGCUUCUGUAUCCAAUAUUGAAGAUUUUCCAUUGAAAGAAACUCCUCAUCAAAAGACAUCCAUAACAAGUUCUACUACUUCUUACGAUUCAAUGUUGCAAUCAUUAAAUAAUGAAUUGGAAAAUUUAAUUUUGCAAACAACUAAAAUCGAUAAUCUAUCACAAUCAUUUGAUACAACUGAAAUUAUCUCCGAUUCGAAUAGUGUAUCAGAUGAAAAAAUUCUGACCAGUCAGAACAAUGAUACUAGUCAAAAUACCAAACGUUUGGCUUCAUCAAAACUUCGCAAGCGUCAUUCGUAUACAUCAUCAAAUACAACAAACACGCAGAAUAAUCUUCACAAAGUUCCUGUAUUCAGACGUCCUCGUCCAUUAUCAUUUGUCGAGAAUCAGGAUGGUUCUUAUGGAUUAGAUUCACCUUCUUUACGUGCUGUUGCUCAAGAUUUAAUCGGAAUCAAAACUUUAUUAUUCCGUUUACAAAAUGUUUUGCAAAAUUCUGAAACUCAAAAUCCAUUCGAAAAUGCCAAUAAUCAUCGAUACUCAUAUGAUUCGACUUCAACGAAAUCUUCGACACCAGUAUCAACAACAACACCGGGUUCACAUCACACAGAUCAUUCCUUCGAUGAAACAGUGCAAUUAUUACGAGAAGAAAAUUUUGAUCUACGUCAACAUUGCCAGCUGUUGGAACAAAAAUUGGUCGAAAAAGAUCAUACCAUACGACUUUUGCAGCAACAAAUGUCUAAAUAUACUAUGACCAACUUUAGCAAUCAUCGUCAAAUAAUUACUGCUGAUAGAAAAAGUGGUUUUCAACUUUCUGAAGAUUUGCAUAAUAAUAAUAUGCACCCGGGAGAAAAUCUUCAACAAUUGUCAAAUUCAACAACUAAUAAUUUUCCACAAAAAUCACUCAUAAAUUCAACAACACAAACAGAGCCCCUGUUUGCUAAUCUGAUUAAUCGUGAAAAUAUUGGGAAAACAUGUAAAUUUCGCAACGAUAAUAAUAAAGAUGGUGGUGACAAUAAUAAUCAUGCUACUAGUGGCCAGUGGAUAAGGAACAAAAAUGUACGAAAUGUUGAUAGUGGACAAUAGCUGAUAAUUUUCAAGUUUGGCAGCAUCGAAAAUGGAAAAUUAUUGCACCAAUCUCAAUUUAUCAAUAACGCAAUAAGAUGUACAGAUUUAUAAAAAAAACAUAUGUUAUUGGUUGAUUACUGUGAUUUGUAGCGCUUUGAUUUGAAAAUAAUCCAUACUCUUGUAUCUUUCUACAAGUUGGAAGGAAAUGAUACGAAAAAUUGUAAUUUUUGAUAUAUUAUAAAUUUAUAUCUGAUCCUAUCCUAUUUUUUUUCUUUCCUGAAAAAAUAUAAUAAUGAUAAAUAAAAAAAAAAUACAAAAAAUCGA